AUGUUAGUAACGUGUAGCCUUUAAUGGAAACUCUUCAUUGGAAACCAAAAUCGGUGGAUGUAAACAAAUAUACAUGUUUUGAUGUGUUUUCAUGUUAUCGAAUAUUCUGGUGUUUUGAUAUAUUAAAAUGGUCCGAAUAACUGAAGAUCUAGUACGGAGAAAGUCUGAACACAAUGAACGAGAGAUAUUUUCACUAGAAGAAUUAUCAUUGCACCAAGAGAAUAUUGAAAGGAUUGAAAAUAUUGACAAAUGGUGCAAGCAUUUAAAGAUUUUGUAUCUACAAAGUAAUUUGAUUCCUAAAAUAGAAAAUGUUGGAAGAUUAAAGCAAUUAAAAUACCUAAAUUUGGCUUUAAAUAAUAUAGAAAGAGUAGAAAAUUUAGAAGGUUGUGAAUCAUUAGAAAAGUUGGAUCUCACAGUGAACUUUGUUGGUGAACUCACUAGUAUUGACAGUUUAAAGAGUCUUGUAUUCUUCAGUGAAUUAUAUCUCACAGGAAAUCCAUGUAGCCAGUUUGAGGGAUAUAGAGAUUAUGUCAUAUCUACACUACAAAACUUAAAGACCCUUGAUGGAACAGCAGUUGAGAGAUCUGAGAGAAUUAUAGCUACACAGAACUAUGGAGUAAUCAGAGCCAGAAUUGUUCAACAACAGAUUGAAUAUAAAAAGAAACGGGAUAAGGAGAGAGAAGAGGCAAGAAUAGCAUUAGAAAAGGAAGAUCAAGAGAAGGAAGCUAAAAAAGCAGAGGCCGAGAAAAAGCCAGGCUUUGAUGGCACCUGGUACACUGAUAUUAAUGCAGAAGAUAAAGAAAAACGUGCCAAGAAACAAACAGAGGAGGCAGAGGAAGAAUUUAAAAAGGACAAAGAGUUCUGGGACACCAAGUCUAUGUUUAGUCCAGAGGAGCGAUUGAAGGCCCACAAGAAACUGGAGGAGCAGAAAGACAGAGACAGGAAACGAGAAGACGCUAAAAACCCUCCAAAGCCUCCCCGACGACUGUUUGCAGACGACGGCCGUCCACUGAAUGUCAAUGAACCCAAAAUCAACUUCAAAUUGACUGAAGAUGAAACAGGGAACUCCUACCUUUUGGAUUACCAAUGCUACAAGUAUUUAGAUACCAGUAUGAUAGAUGUUGAUGUUCAGCCGAAUUAUAUACGGAUAACAACAAAGGGAAAGACCUUCCAGUUGUGUUUAGAACAGGAGGUGAACGCUGAUUCAAGCUCUUGUCAAAGAUCCCUCAUCACAGGACACUUGCUUGUUACCAUGCCAAAGGCAAAGCAGAUUGUCAAAUCCUCACCAAAACCGGCAAAGACCAGCAAUAACAACAAGGAAAACGAAGACAAUGAAACGAAAACUAAAACAAACCGAAAAAACAUGGAGAAACUUGAGGUUGACGAGUCCGCUAGAAAGACAGUAGACAUAGGCAAUAUUGUGAAGGAAAAGGGCGAGGUGACUGUUCCUCCUCUUGGCUCUAAACCGCUCGGCAAAAAGCGGGAGGAGAAACCGUUGAGUGAAAACUUUGUGGACAAUCCCGACGUGCCACCGUUGGAAUGAGUUUUUGAUCUUUGGAGCAUAUUACAUGGAUAAUCUCAGUGCUAUUACAGCUGAAUAAAACUUUUGCCGUUUUGAGUGUUUAAAGCAUCCAAUGGUUGCCCGUGUGUUCUGACAAAAAUAGGUUUAUGUUUUUAGCAAGGUUUAUAUACGAAUUAAUAUUUUAACUCCAGUCCUUGUCAUUGCCUAUCUGAUGAAUUUGAAAAAAAAGUUAUCGUUAAAACUCAACCUGUGCCAACAAAAUUACUUGUUCAUUCAUUUUCAGAAAAUAAAUUUAGGCCCGAAACUUGAACGGUUUUUUGAACCAUCAUCAUUUAAUGUUGCUCUUGACUUGCUCUUAAUUAGAGGAUUGGAUGUAUACAACAUGGUCAAAGUUAAUCAUUUUUAUUUGUUGUGAACUGAAAAUAAUAAUAAUUGCAAAAAUAGUGUUUUGUUAAUAUUCAAAAGCAAACAAUAAUGUAAGUUGCCUUUUUCUUCGAGUCCAUAAUUGUUCACAUGUUGUCGUGACGUGUAUGGUCAUCAAUUAAAGUGCAUUAUUUUCCAGUU